AUCAAAAACGUUCUAACAGGUCAAAUUUAGUCAGAGCAGCUUUUAUGUUUUCGSUGGGUGUCGUCUUCGGGUGUACAGAUCCGAUUUCCACCCGUGACGAUGGUAGAAAUAUGUGCACACUGCUUUUGACAAUUUUGUAGUGAUGGGCUUCCUUUGUUAUGACGUUYCAUGACGUCACAUCGACUUUCGUUCGGCCGAAAAAUAUACACAUGCAAAGAAGACAUUUGUGAAAAGCUGUAAUUUUUCAUUCGCAAGGAAAAUUUAUAUUAAUUUUCCUAAUUCAUUUUGCGAUUUGGACCAAAAAUAUCAAGGACUGGAUACAGCAUACUGUUGAUUGAUUCAGUGCUUAGGGUUCUUGGAUCAUGUUCUUUUCGUUCUUCCUUCAAAUGCAAGUUAAACAAACUUGUCGCUAAUUACCGGACGAAAAGCGACUGAAUUCAAACCUAAAUUUCUCUAUGGAAUAACUUGGAACCUCUAUAGAUGCAACAUCAUCAAUUUUCAAGUUUUAAAUUACAGUUCAACGAUUAACAGUCGAUGAUCACUGAUGAGUUCAAUGGAGUCUGGCGCGCCAUUACUGAACGAUUACAAACUCGCUUUCUUCGCCAAGCGUUUUCCACAAACUCUACUUGGAGGACUAAAACUUCGACUUGGCUAUAAGGCACCGUUCUACGUAUACAUUAAUCAACUGUUAUUUUUUCUUUUUCCGUUUGUUUUUGGUGGAAUUUUUACGGGUCUGUCGGAGUCACUGAUUGUAAAUUCGUUGACAUGUUGCUAUGUUUUUGCUUCCCUGGUUACGUGUUCAGUCAUUACCGUAAAUAUUGUAGUAUGGUUCAAAGAGAAGCAAUAUACAAACGUCUCAAAAAUACAACAAAACGUGCUUGCAGAGGAAGAUGAAGUAGACUUUGAGUCAUGUUGUGGUUUAGAGACUCUGGAAUUUAUUUUCACCGCAAAGAAAAGUUUACUUCAAAUUUGUUUUCAUGGAGUAGUUUCAGGCAUCAUGUGUGGAUUAUUGUUCUUAUAUUUAUUGCCUUCAAAUUUGAAUAAACUCUACUCUAACACUGCAGCAACCAUUGUAUUGUACAUAUUUGGAUGGCUGACUGUCUGUGUUGCACAGUACUCUUUAACAGCCAGUCCUCCACCAGAACCAGCAUCAUUUCGACCACAAAUGUCAUUUGACAUCAGUCCUUUUAUGAGACCRUUCUAUGUAGUAAUAUUUGGUACAGUUGGAGUUAUUGCACAAUCUCACCCUGAACUUCUUCUUGCUGAUCAAAUCCUGCACUGUCUUUUUCCAUUUUUACUUUUCCUCUGGAUUUUUGGGACGUUACCACCACUGGAUGCACUGUUUCCAUGGUUAUUGGAACAAUAUUUAAUAUUUGCUGUUGGAGGGUCUCCCAUGGCAACAGAUAUCAGGUUAUUCAUCAUGGUACUAAUAUCAAGCAUUCCUGUCAUACUAGUUGUAUUUAUACCAAGCCGUGUAGCAGUAAUAAUCAUUUCCUGUGUUUGUGGGUAUAUUCUAAGCCUGGACUUGUUCAGUAUUGUUUCAUUGGCUAAAUCCAAGGUUGAAAGCAGUGAAACUAUCAUGAAAACAUGCACAAUCAAACAGUGGUCUCUAAAAGAAGUCAUUGUUAUUGCAGCCAUGUUUGUUCUUGGUGUCUCUUGUUCUGCAGUUGGUGCCAUUAUGUCCGAUAAAGCUACUUCUUCAAUGUUAGAAAUCUUUGGUGUGACAUUUUGUGUCAUUGUGGUGAUUUUAAAGCUACUUGGUGAUUUCCAAGGUGUAUAUAUUUUUGGAUUAAUCAGAAAUCCUUUAUUCCCAAGAAGUACUCAGUCAAGCAUUUCAUUUAAACAAAGAAAACAUCAGUUGAAACAAAUUUCAAAAGUUUAUCAUGUUUUACUUGGCUAUGUUUGUCCUCUUCUCAUGUCUGCAUUUUUGGGAUUGUUUCUUAACAACCAGUCUUAUGAAGUGACCGGAUUCACUGCAGUUUUAUGUGCCUUUGGUAUUGUGAGAGCCAUGAGACAGAUCUGGCAGAACACAAUGCUGUGCAUUCUGGACCUUUGUGUUGUGUGUUUGAUAGACAAGUCAUGGUGGAUUACCUCAGACCUUGCCAUCCAAAUUCUCUUUACCUCACUGUGUCGAGACAGAACUCUUCAAUUUCUUAAAAAGAUGGUCUUCCUAUUAACAGUUGCAGUUACAUCAGUUUCUCUGAAGAAACAACGUCACAAAGCAACACCAACUGUCCUUAUCUUGUCAGUAUUCUUCCUUCCUGUCUUACUCGCCAUUGUCCUGUCAACUGUUGUGCUUUCUUCACCUCUUCUUCCCAUGUUUUGCCUUCCCGUUUUUCUGAUUGGUUUUCCCCGUCCUCUUCGCUCUUGGCCUUUAAACGGAAACACAAAAAUCUCAACAGGGCCAGAUGCUGUAUACUACAAACAACUUGCACCUGAAAUCAUCAUGUCUCUGACUCAAUCACUUGCCAGUGGAGCACUGGGAAUAAGACAGGCUGGUGAGCAUUUUAUACUGCGAUAUCAAGAUCGGUUAGUUUGGGUACAUGUUGUGGAGAGUGGCUAUCGGUUCAUUGCUGUGGUAAUCAAAGGACUUGAGAUGCAGGAAACAUCUUGUCAUACAUUGGAGGCUGCACGUGUUGAUGAGAUCUUUGAAACGGCAUUUAUUCGUGAUGAUAUGCAGUCAAUAUUCUAUUUUAAUCCAUUUUUUUUCAAUACUCUUUCACCGUGUGAUGUAGCUACACUACAGUCUUAUUCCGAUGCGAGGAAUGUCUUAACAGGCAUAAUAGACCAGCGUGAUAAUUUAUUGAAAGUUUCAGAAAACUUUAUCAAGACUUUUACCUGGGUUUUGCUUCACCACUGUAGAAAAACCAACAAAAAUCUGGGAAGUGUGCCUGAGAAAAUUGUCCAAAAUACUAAUGAAGGCACUGAGGAAACGCCAAAUGCUGGCAGGACGGUUAUCAGGAUAAAUAGUCGUAAUGACGGUGAUAUUAAUAAAAGUAAGAAUGAAAUCAAAAGCACAGAGACAUCACUGCUGCAAAGAAGUGGUUCCUUACCAAGCAUUAAUGGGAGCAUAUGGUCACAAGACAGCUAUGAGCUCGAGACUCUGGACUUGCGUACAGGAAAACACUCUUCCAAGCAAGCAACAGCAAAGAAGAGAAGCGAUUUUGAAAGCUUAGAUUGUUUUMUUGACGAAGUCAUUGAAUCAAAAGACAUUAAACCAAAAACACCUGAGUACUCACCAUUAGGUGGAUUCCCUGCUGUCGAUGUAGGUGCGCGUAAAAACACUGGCUCUGGUCUAACAGAGGUUUCAACAGACACAUUGAUUACUGUACUACCAUAUCGUGAACCACAAAACGACACCAAUAAGAAUACUAUUACUGAUAAGCCACUUAUGUCGAAAGCAUCUUAUCAACUAGAUUUGCCUCUAAAGUGGAAAACAGAUCUUCCGCUCAAUGACAAGCAACUUAAGCCUCUUUUUGAUAAGUUCUCGUCUUCCUGGUACCAGCAUAUUAUAAAUGAACUGCACCUGAGUGAAGAUGACUCAGUUGGAAGUGAUUCAGAGCUAAUGGCCAGGCACCAAAGGUUAAUUCUUAACGUCUAUACUGUAGUUGAAAUGCUUGGUUAUCCUGGAUCGUCAUCCACGGCAGCAGGGCCUAUACAUCCUUAUAAGGUAUGCAAUGGCGAGAUACCUUGGUCUAUUCAUCUGGAUUGGCUCCAGAAAGAUACGACGUUGAUGUCUCUUGUUUUGAAAGCAUACAGAUAUGCAUUCAAGCUCAUGUAUGACGAGGCAGUCUUGGGCGAGAUCACAAGUUUUGAGGAAUGCGAGGAGUAUUUAUCUGAAUAUGAAAGCGACUGGUACAUGGGUCAGGAUACCGAUAAUGAAUGGACGACAGCUGUCUUAAACACAAAACCAAAUCUAUUUAGUCUUGGUCGCAACACCAAUGACGGUACGUAUACAAGUCGUGUGUUAACAUGUCAAAGUAUCCAUGCCCCUAUCGGCCUUCUGAACAGUGAAGCGGUGCGUGGUCAGUGGGCAUCACUGGCUAUUGAGCUACUUUACUUUACCAACGAUGACGAGGAAAGAUACAGUAUUCAAGCUCAUCCAGUUCUAUUGAGAAACCUAACAAUACAAGCAGCUGAUCCACCGCUUGGGUACCCUGUGUAUUCCUCUGGUCUUUUAUCAGUACCAAUCCACGUUUCAUUUUUAUAGUGAAUCCCUUCAACCGUAGUAGUGCAUCGUUCAUACUGCGGUCUGAAUCGGCGACUCUAAUCCAGGGUACUUUACAUGCGAAUGGAAGAGUGAGUGCCGAAGACUAUGUACAUAGUUUUACUUGGUUUGCAUACAGUACCAUUAAACGGCUGACAUUAAUCCGAAGAGUCAUACAUAUUUAUUUCAUGUAUUUAUUAUAUCAUGCAUUUUAUUCUUACAGCGAAAACUGAUAUAAUAGCAAUUUUCCCAAGCAUACAAACUCACACGUUAGAGUGAUCGCACUUAAACUGUGCAACUGUACAAAAUCUAAGUAGUACCAAUUUGUACUAAAAGUGGACCUGAAGCAAGACGGUAUUGAGUGCUUCAUUUGUAUCAAUUCAAUUUAAUUUGAGUACCCCAUGCACGAUUUACUAAACACAACUAAAUAGCACUAUUUAGUUUGUACAAUUACACGGUUUAAGUGCGAUCACUCUACUGAUAUUGAAAUUGUCCAGUUGAGACAAACAAUGUGUCGCUAAACUAUCAGGUGCUUGCAUGCUGUAAAUAUGUAAUAUUCCCUACAAAUUAAAUGUGGAUGCAAACGAAA